AUGGGUGUCACAUUAAGUACUGAGCUUAAAUUCAUUAAGGAUAUACAGUCUGAGUUAAAAGCCAGACAUGUGGAGGUUACUAAAAAAGAUAUUUGUGAUUUCUUGAUGUUCGUUCAUGAUGUUUGUCCUUGGUUUGUCAUCACCUGUCCAGAAAUCGUUGCAUCCAUUUGGGAUAAAAUAGGAAAUGAGCUAAGUGAUCAUUUUUCAGCUAAUGAUGAGCCCGAGAAAGAGAAAAUAAUGUUUCAAUAUUGGAGCUUGCUGAGAGACAUCAUUGUGACUAAGAAUAAUGCAAAAACUGCCAAAGAAAUUAUUCGUGCCAUUAAAUCUCACGUCGAACAAGUCUCCCGUGAGUGUUCCAGGGCCCCCUCUCGCUCUAAUUCUGUCUCUCACCUUCCGUCUUCUUCCCAAAAUCCUUCCUCUCCUGUCCCUUCCACCUCAAAACCACCUGGCUCUUCCUUUGCCUCCAAAUUAAAGAAUGCUCUUAAAGAUUUUCCUAGUGCUUCUCGCCUGUACCCCACCCUUACUUCUGCCCUUGCUUCUGCUCCACCUCAGGAACUCGAUCCACAGGAUUCUCAAACCCUAGAAGAAGAAGCCACUAGCUACCACAAUCCUCCUGUCACACAACCUCCUCCAUAUAAUUGUCCUGCUCCACCAAAAUGUAUUCUUCCUAUUCCCCCUGCGCCUACUGCUUUAGACUCUCAUCUCAUUACUAUUACUUCCAUGAUCUCCCAACUCGCAGAUGAGUUUCAUCAAUCUCUUGAAAUAAAACCUGAUGUCGCUACUUUUCCUGUUCUUCUCCCUGAUGGAGAAAAUCUUCCUCCGCCUCCUUCUCAACGUCCUCCGCCACCUAACGCUUCCCGCCCUCCCCCGCCGCCCACUUGUCCCCGCACCCGUGGCCGGGUGCGGCGUGAACGUGAGGCUCAAGCCGCUGCUGAAGCUGCGGCCGAUUCAGAUUCUCAGCACGAAACAGAUUCAGAGGGAGAAGAAGCCCAACCUAGCGGCGCCAGACCACCGGAGGGUGAGACACCUAUGCGCUAUGUAGCCAUUAAUAAGAAAGACCUUAGUAGUUCACUACUUCAAGCAGUAAAAAAUUAUGGCACUCAAACUUCUUAUACUAUCUCAUGCCUUGAGUCCCUGGGAAACGGCGGUGCUCUUUUGCCUUUUGAAUGGAAGCGUGUUGUCUCCAACGCGCUGCCGCAUAAGCUCUACUUGCUCUGGGAGACAGACUUUUAUAAAACCUGUCGUGAACUGGCUAGAGGAGACAAAACAUGUCGCCUCAUGCUUUCCGGCUCUGCCCCGUAUGAUACUUUACAGCAGCAACGCUCAUUACCCCUUAACUAUCUCACCAACACUGGUUUCGCCGCCAUGACAGAUUGGCGAAAUUUACCCAAGGAGGGAGAUGCUUAUGCUCCGCUCAGUCAAAUUAUACAGGGACCAGAUGAACCCUAUAACGCGUUCAUUAGUCGCCUACUAGAGGCCGUGGAAAGAAUUGGACGCAUUACAAACAAAUCCAUUCAUGAUAUGAUUGAUCUUUGCCGUGAUGCUGACCCUAUCGCCCACCGUGUUGUUCAUGCUAUGGCCGCCAUUCAAGCCCAAUCCUCGGGCAAGGUCUGUUAUUCGUGCGGACAAGCUGGACACUUUGUCUCUCAGUGCCCUCAGCGAUUAGCUCCUGCCAUGCAAACAGGCACAGCAAACCCCUGCCCUCCACUUUGCCCGCGCUGCCGCUGCGGCCGCCAUUGGGUCGCCGAAUGCUAUGCCGUUAAAGACGUAGCUGGCAAUCCCCUGCAGCCUAAUCACCACCUUUCGGCUCAGGGAAACUCCAACAGGGACUUGCUCCGGGCCCCGCGCCAUCAAUUCCAACCCUUUGUUCCGGCUUCAGAGCCCAGUCAGCCGGUACAGUCCAACCCAGCGCCCCAGGCAUAUUACCAACAACAACAGCAGCCUUGCCAGCACCAGCCACUAGUCCCCCCCUCAAUGCUCCCACCUCAACAACCUCCCUUGUCAGGGCAACCCCAGGGAGCGUGGGACUGGACUUGUGCGCCUCCACCCCACACUUAUUAA